AAUUCAAGUCCAGUUUGUAUUUGUCGCUUAGCGAACAAACAUUCUUAAAACGGAUGAGAACUUUUCUUUUUAUUUGGUUUAAAUAAAAUAAUAUUUUUUUUUGUAUAACGAAAACUAAAAUAGAUAGAAAUGAAGCGAACAGUAAUUCCUGUUGUAAUAUUUUUACAAAUUUUAAUAUAUGUAAAUGCAAGCGGUUUUUACUCAAUUGUGGCUCCUGGUACCAUACAGUCCAAACAUAAUUAUUCCGUAAGUGUCACUCUACAUGAAAACACAGAACCAGCAACCAUAAAACUGACUAUAAAUGGACCAUCAUACAAUGAAGAAAAGACCAUCGAUAUUUUACCCUCUCAAACAGAGGUCAUAAACUUCGUGAUACCCAAAUUAAAAUCCGGGAAAUAUCAAUUAGAAUCGGAGGGUAUUAAAGGUUUAAUUUUUAAAAAUUCUACAGAAUUGAAUUUUAAAAAUAAAGAACCGAAAAUUUAUAUACAAACUGACAAAGCGGUUUACAAACCCGGAGAUUUAGUGCAAUAUCGCAUUAUUGUUUUGAAUGAAAACAUAAGACCAGCAAAAUUGGAACAUGCCCUAAGAUUAAGUAUUAUAGAUGGCGCCGGUAACUUGGUUAAACAAGUCAAUGAUAUUACAUUAACUAAAGGUGUUUAUGCGGGACAAUUUCAAUUAUCAGAGCAACCGGUUAUGGGCGACUGGUUAAUGGAGGUGAUACAGGGGCCCAAUGAAGAUGAUACUAAAACUGAAAAGAAAUUUGAAGUAGACAAAUAUGUUUUGCCCAAAUUCUCUGUCGAUAUAGAAACCGAUAAAAAUAAUGCUAUAAAAGAUAGCCUGAAAAUAACUAUACGUUCCAAGUAUACCUAUGGUAAACCGGUUAAAGGCCAAGCUACCGUUACAUUAGACGCCUACAAUGGUCGAACUGAAAAAACCAUUGAUGUAGAUGGUAAGGGUUAUGUAGAAUUCGAAUCGAACGAAUAUCUUGAUUUAGCAUUGCCACAAUUAAAUAAUCGGUAUGGCUACUACUACCGCAUACCUCCCAUUAAUAUAUUGGCUGUCAUGACCGAAGAACAUACGGGUAAUAAACAAAAUAAAACGGUUUCGGUGAAUUUACAUCGUUCAAGAUAUAAUAUCGAAGUGCCUAAAAAUACGCAUGAUUUUGUGGUUAAUAAGCCAUUUGAACUGAAGGCGUUUGUAAAAAACAUUGACGGAUCACCCGUACAGAAUGAAAAAUAUGUGGCUAAACUUUUGAUCAGUAAAAAAGGUCUAUACUACAGUGAUAUUACAAUGCCAGUAACAGCCGACUAUGAAAUUAUUAGCGAACUAGAUAAAAGUGGUUCAGCAAUGUUUAAUGUUACUAUACCUGCAGUGGGUUAUUACUAUAAUGUAAAAAUUAUAUAUGCAGAUCAAACCAAGUAUCUGCCCACAUUAGUGGUGAAGGAAAAAGAAAGUGAAGUAUUUAAAAAGAAAGAUGUUGAAGAAGACGUAGGAUCUUUAAAGUUGGUCAACAAAGUUGAAAAGUUUCAACUAGAUCAAGAUAUUAUCGUGGAAGUAAAAUCUAACAAACAUAUUCCCUACUAUGUCUACGCCAUUGUUGCACGUGGCAAUAUUAUUAAAAACGAACAUGUACAAGUUCCGUUAAAUGCCAAAAGGCAUGAAAUUAAAAUCAAGCCUUUAUUCGAAAUGGUACCCGAAUCACAUUUAUAUGUUUAUUUCGUACUUGAUGGUGAAUUGAAAUUUGAAGAAAUGACACUUAAUUUCCCCAAAGAAUUUCAGAAUAAGGCAUGUUUUAAUGCGAUCGAAAUAACUGCUCCCGAACAUGCUAAACCUAGUGAAGAGGUUACAUUGAAUAUUAAAACUGAUCCAGAUUCUUUUGUAGCUCUAUUGGGGGUUGAUCAAAGUGUUUUAUUGUUAAAAACUGGCAAUGAUUUAGAUUCUAAGAAAAUAAUUGACGAUUUAAAUACAUACACUACUUCGACUCCUGAAAUCAGAGGUGUAGGCAGAUAUCCGGGUAAAACAUCGGGUUUGAUCACCCAAACCAAUGCUAACUAUCCGUAUUCCACUGCAUUUUACAUUAGUGAUUCUUCAGAAUUUCCUUCAGUUGAAGACUAUACAGAUAAUUUAUUCGUAAGUGAUGUUGUUACUUCGGAAACUGAAAAUGUAUCAAACUUAAAGAUUCGUAAAGAUUUUCCCGAUACAUGGAUUUUCGAUAAUUUUAAUAGCACCGAUAAAAACGGCUUGGCUAGUCUUACCAAAAAAAUACCCGAUACUAUCACAUCCUGGGUAGUGACCGGUUUUUCUUUGAAUAAUAAAACCGGCUUUAGUAUGGUGACAAAUCCCACUAAUAUUGAGGUAUUUCAGCCCUUUUUUGUGAGCACUAAUUUGCCCUAUUCCAUUAAAAGAGGCGAAGUUAUAUCCGUACCCAUAAUUGUCUUCAAUUACAUGGAUAAAGCCCUAGACGCAGAGGUUACCAUGGAAAAUACUGAUAAUGAAUAUGAUUUUACUGAAAUUUCCAAUGAAAUUGAGGAAUCAGUUUUGGAGGUCAAAAAGCGUGUUAAAAUUGUUACUGUACCCUCGAAUAGUGGCAAAAGUUUGUCUUUCAUGAUUCGUCCCAAUAAGGCAGGGGAAAUUACUUUAAAAAUUAAGGCCAUAACACCCUUGGCAGGUGAUGUUAUACACCAAAAACUUAAGGUAGAACCAGAAGGUGUCACACAAUAUGAAAAUCAAGCCAUAUUUAUAACACCAGCUAAAGAACCUACAAAGGAAACUCUUAAGGCUGCUAUACCCAAUGAAGUGGUUUUGGAUUCAGAAUAUUUGGAAUUUUCUGUAAUAGGUGAUAUUUUAGGUCCCACCAUUAAGAAUAUUGAGCAAUUAGUGCGCAAACCCUAUGGUUGUGGUGAACAGAAUAUGGUUAAUUUUGUGCCCAAUAUUUUAAUUUUACAUUAUUUGGAUGCUACAAAACGCUAUAUGCCCAGUGUUGUUGAAAAAGCUAAAAAUUUCAUGGAAAUCGGUUAUCAACGUGAAUUGACUUAUAAACAUAAGAAUGGUGCCUACAGUGCUUUUGGCGAGGGCAAUAGUGAACCAAGUAGUUGGCUCACUGCGUAUGUGGCGCGUUCCUUUAUACAGGCUAAAAAAUAUAUUGCCAUUGAUUCAGAUGUCAUUGAAAAGGCAUUAGAAUAUGUAGUAGCAAAUCAAUUGGAGAAUGGUCAAUUUGAACAGACGGGACGUUUAAUCCAUGCAACUCACCAGAACGAUGUGGGCUAUACGGCAUUUGCAUUAUUGGCUCUUUUGGAAGAUCUGGACUAUUCCAAUAAAUACAAAUCGGAAAUCGAGAAAGGUAUUAAGUAUUUGGUAGAUAAUAUUGACAAGGAAAACGAUACAUAUGCCCUUGCCCCAACAUUGUUGGUUUUAAAGAAAGUUCAACAACCUAGUGCUGACAAACUUAUGGAAAAACUAGAAAAAUUAUCUCAUUAUAAAAAUGGUCGUAAAUGGUGGAUAAAAUCAGCAAAAAAUCGUGAUAAUGAUAUCGAAAUUACAGCAUAUAUAUUAGAAGCUUAUGUAUACAGCGAACCGCCUGGAAAAAUAUUGCCCAUUGUUAAAUGGUUGGUAGGUAAUCGUAAUAAUUUAGGUGGAUUCGAUUCAACAUUAGAUACAAAUGUGGGUCUACAAGCCCUAAUCAGAUUUGCUGAAAAGUACGCUGCUGGUGGUGAUGGCAAAAUGACGAUUAAUUUCAAGGCUCAAGAUGCAGAGGGAAAAGAAACUUCUAACGGUAGUUUUUCGGUGGAUAAGGAGAAUUCAUUGAUUUUGCAGACUUAUGUACUUCCCAAAUCCUCACGUCAAGUAGUAUUUGAAGCCGAUGGUAAGGGUUCAUCACUGGUUCAAUUAUCGUAUCGUUACAAUUUAGCCACCAAAGAUGACAAACCUAGUUUCAACAUUAAACACGAAAUUCAACCCACCGACUAUCUCAAUCUAUUGCAAAUGGAAGUUUGCGCCGAUUUUAAUGUCGGGUCAGAAAGUGUGAUCAAGGAAUCUAAUAUGGUCAUUAUGGAAAUAUAUUUACCAUCUGGUUUUACCGCCGAUACAGAUAAAUUCAAUAAAAUACGUCAAAUCAAACAUGUACAACGAGUUGAAACUAAGAUGGACGAUACAGCUAUUAUUGUCUACUUUGAUUACCUUACAGCUGGUGAAGAGGUGUGUUUCAAAGUUAAUGCCGAAAAGAGCCAUGCCGUAGCCAAACAAAAGCCAGCAGCUAUCAUCAUGUAUGAUUACUAUAAUGCUGAUCAACGGUCCACUGUCUACUAUGAAGUUAAGUCAUCAUUGUGCGAUAUUUGCGAAGAAGGUGAAUGUUGCAAAGUCUGUGAAAUUAAAGCAGAAAAAUAAUUUAAAAAUUUUAAUUCGAUUUUUGCAAUAAAGUUCAUAACAUAUAUAUAAUACGAUAUGUAAUAUGUAUAUGAUUACAUUUAUUCAACUUUAUGCAUCAUUAAAUAAAAAUAUCAAACAAAGAAAUUAUUAUAAUUCAAUCGUAGUACUUGAGGAUCUGAAAACGCCUAUAUUCGGUUGAUGUUUAUGUUUGUAAAAAUUUUUACUAUAUCAUAUCCCUCCGUUUGUUUAUGUUUGAUCAAACUAUACUAUGAUUAAAAUCGGUAUGAUAUCGAGCUUUUUUCGCACAAAAGACGUAACCGACAAAAACAAAAUUUUACAGGAGAGCAUUUUUUUUAAUUAUCUUCGAAGUAGGACAAAGCAUUACUCCAAAACUCCGUUAAUAAAUACUAUUACAUCUAAAAUAUGGGAUGCAGUUUGUUUCGAUUUUAUAUUGCCGCUAUAUCCGAUUUUUUAGUCGCUUACGUCUUUUUUGCCGAGACAAAUUUUUGUGUUAUAAAGAAUGUUGAGGCGGUUACGUCUAAAUUCUCUGUUUAAAAAAAAUAUUUUUUUGUGUAUAUCUUAAUAUAAUUUGUAUAAAUCUGAAAUUUAAUAGUGUAAUAAAUACUUUUUUUUAUAAGAUUUUAAGAUCA